GAAAUCCCCUUCCUUCUUCCGCAGUGGAAGAUGACGUCAUCUGGUUGCAGCAUUACAGCUUUGCUGAUGUGCGCAAAGUGAGAGAAGCUACAUGAUGCUUUCUAUCCCCGCUGCUGGAAUUGUUUUAAUACUAGCUUGGAUAUAUCCAAGUUACGCGCUCUAUUUCCACAUAGGAGAGACGGAGAAAAAAUGCUUCAUUGAAGAAAUUCCCGACGAGACCAUGGUCAUUGGUAAAUACAGGACUCAGCUGUGGGACAAGCACUCAAAUUCAUUCCUGGCAGCCACUCCUGGCCUUGGGAUGCAUGUGGAGAUCAAGGAUCCCGAUACAAAGAUUAUCCUCUCUCGUCAGUAUGGGUCGGACGGACGGUUCACCUUCACCUCCCACACGCCUGGGGAACAUCAGAUCUGUUUGCACUCAAACUCCACCAAGAUGGCUCUGUUUUCAGGAGGAAAACUGAGAGUUCAUCUGGAUAUUCAGGUGGGAGAACAUACCAACAACUACCCGGAAAUCGCAGCUAAGGACAAGCUCACCGAGCUGCAGCUGCGAGUCCGACAGCUGCUGGACCAAAUCGAACAGAUCCAGAAGGAGCAGAACUAUCAGAGGUAUCGCGAGGAGCGGUUUCGCAUGACGAGUGAGAGCACCAACCAGCGCGUCCUCUGGUGGUCCAUCGCUCAGACCCUCAUCCUCAUCGUCACCGGCGUUUGGCAGAUGAAGCACCUCAAAAGCUUCUUCGAGGCCAAGAAACUGGUGUAAUUUCUUACUCAGGGUGUGUGUGUGUG